UCUGGUGGAAGUUACUGCAGCCAAAGCAGAAACAACCACUUUAAAAGUCAUUUUCUCAAAACCAUGACUUCUCGCAGUCAUUAAAACAUACAUUGUUUGUGUUUAAUUUAAAUUCUAUCACUAGUCUUUGCUAAAAUUCAGAUAGACAUAAAUUUAAAUGGCCCCUCUGAGUUUUUUUUUUUUUUUUGGAAAUUGACAAUUAAGCUAUAGUAUUUGUUUUUAGACUAGACUACUAAAUGAAUUUACCCCAAACAAAAGUGGGAGAGGUCAUGAAUCAAUAAAGUAUCAUUAAAAUGAUGGUAGGCAGCUCUGCAUAAAACACGAGAGACUGUGGUUUAUAAAACAAAAAAAGACCAGUACAACCCACAGCAGACACGCAACACAGACUUCAGCAGUUUUCAUCUCUGUGAUCUCCGUACACUCACUACAGGACUUUAAUUUCUCCUUUUCUGAGCUGCCGAAGGAAAUGUUUUGCUUUUCUGUUUUUUGCUGUUUGAGCUUUUGGCAUCUGGUUGUGUUUGGUGUUGAAGAUGAAGUGAAGUCAGUGUCAGUGAUGGAGGGAGAAUCAGUCACUCUACAGACUAAUGUUACUGAAUUACAGAAACUUGAUGUAAUAACAUGGACAUUUGGAUAUCCAGAGACUCGUUUAGCUCAAAUCAAUAAAGAGGAGGGAACUGUCUCCACAUAUGAUGAUGUUCUUGAUGGGAGAUUCAGAGACAGACUGAAGCUGGACAAUCAGACUGGAUCUCUGAUCAUCACAAACACCAGAACCACAGACUCUGGAAAUUAUACAGUAAACAUCAAAGGCACAAAAGCAACCACAUACAGAUUCAAUCUUACUGUCUAUGCUCGUCUGUCUGUUCCUGUCAUCAUCAGUAACUCUUCACAAUGUUCUUCAUCAUCUUCAUCAUCAUCAUCAUCACAGCAGAAUUGUUCACUGUUGUGUUCAGUGGUGAAUGUGGGUCAUGUGAAUCUCUCCUGGUACAAAGGAAACAGUUUAUUGUCCAGCAUCAGUGUGUCUGAUCUCAGCAUCAGUCUCUCUCUACCUCUGGAGGUGGAAUAUCAGGAGAAAAACAGCUACAGCUGUGUGAUCAACAAUCCCAUCACAAACCAGACCACACAUCUGGACAUCAGCAAACUCUGUCAACCAUGUCCAGCCGUUGUGACACCAGGUCCACACUCUACUUCAAACUCUACUUCAUAUUCUCCAGGCUCUGAAUCUCAGAUAGUGUUGAUUUCUGCUGCUGUGGCUGGAUUUCUGUUGAUUGUAGCAGCAGUCGCGAUCUACUGGAUCUACAGGAGACACGUAAGAUUAGAUCAGACUCGGAAUGAAGAGAUCACUUACGCUGAACCAACAUUCCACAAACAAAAAGCACAGAAACCGGGAGUCAAACAGGAGGAUGAGGUGGUGUAUGCAGGCAUUGUCACAAAAAGAUGAUCGAAUUCCUCAUUAAUGUUGCCAUCACAGUCAGUACAGUUUCCAUGUAAGCUAGAAAGACAACAGAUUAUAAACCUUUUUAUAAUCUGUUAUAGUCUGUUAUAGUCUUUCGGCAAAAUUUUUUCUUUUCAAUCCUUUUACAUGCAGCAGUGUUACUUUGUUAGUCUUCAGAUGAAACUCAUCUGAAAUGUGUUAUACAUGUUAUUUUUAGGGAUAUAUUCAGUUAAAUAUUUACUUACUCUUAAAUUACAUGUGAUUGUAUAAUGUUUUGAUCUUGUUAUUAGAAAACGCUUCCCCUCCAAAUACAAGAUUUUAUAGCUUUCCGUGUUUUCACUGUUAUACGCUUGGGGACAAUAUUACAUACUUCUGAAUGAGAGUAGAAUCUUCCGAUCAAAAACACAGGCGAUGAAGACACACAAAUAAGCAUUUCUAAUAUGUAAGCAUAUGCAUAUGAAAAAUAAUACUAUUAUAAGUAAUAAACAGCGUAAAUAAAAACUGCCUAAUGUUAACGAAAUGUCAAUCUAGGAAGUGGGAAAGGACGUGCAAGAUUUGGGAGAGCUGAUUGAAGCGUUCUUCUGCAUCUAUGCUUUGCUUAUUCCACUGAAUAUAAUCCACAUGUACUGCAACCUAAAAAAAAAAAAAAACUCUGGCAGGGAAAGAGUUAAUCACUUAAUUAGGUCAAUAAAACAUGUCUCAUGCUGAAAAAAAAAAAAUGACGCAUGCUUCAAAAAUUUCCUUGAUCCUGAUUGGUUGAGCCACAUUCGAAGCUGUUGUAAAUUAUUUUACAAACAUACAGUACACCUUUAUUUAUGCCUGUGUGUUGUUUGGCAACCACACCGCUUCGUGCCUAUUAACAACGCCCCUUAGCUGUUAUAAAUUAACUGUAAUCCACUGGUUUAUUGCUUUUAUACAUUCAAUUAUGUAAACAUGAACUAUUUACAUUGGCAAAUGAAUGACGGUAUAAUGCAGCGUUGUUCACACCCUUGCUUACUGCUUACCAAGAUGAUGUAAAUGCAAACUAAAAAUACACAAACAAGAAUAAUGUAGUCUGCAAAAUGAUGAUUUUGUCACAAAUAUUAUCAGCAGACGGAUGAUUUGGGUGUUUUUUAUUGCCGUGUGUAAUGCAUUUGACACUUAAGCAGCUGCAGUCACAAUAAAACCUGCUUGGAUUUCUCUGGCUUUGGAAAGAAAAUCUUCAUCUUCUGGUGGACAAACAACUUAUGCAUGCAAAUCUAUAACUGGACAUUUGUGGUGAGUGUCAGCAUGUGAAUAGUGUGUGUGGGCGGGAUGGGGUGUGAAUGAACAGCAAACCUUUGAAUGCACUUACGCAAUUUAACUUCCUUGUUUGUAAUCUGAAAUUAACUGCUGCUUCUAUAAAUGCAGAUGCUUCAAACAAAACAA